AUGCUGGCCCUUAGAAUUCCAGGCAGAUCGCAGCAAUUCCGUGUUGAGAAGGAUACCUUCGGAGAAUUGCACGUACCCGCGGAUAGAUACUGGGGUGCUCAGACGCAACGCUCUCUGCAAAAUUUCGACAUUGGAGGACCAGCAGAACGUCUUCCGCUACCCCUCAUCCAAGCCUUCGGCAUCCUCAAGAAGGCGGCGUCCGUCGUUAACAUUAGCUAUGGCAUGGAUCCAAAGCUUGGGGAAGCUAUACAGCAGGCCGCAGAUGAUGUUAUCUCCGGCAAGCUCAUAGAUCACUUCCCCCUCGUCGUCUUCCAAACUGGCAGCGGGACGCAAAGUAACAUGAACGUAAAUGAGGUUAUCUCCAAUCGUGCUAUCGAGCUCCUAGGAGGACAACUAGGCUCGAAGACGCCAGUGCAUCCCAACGACCAUGUCAACAGAAGCCAGAGUAGCAAUGACUCAUUCCCUACAGCAAUGCACAUCGCCGCAGUUACCGAAAUACAUCGUUCAUUAAUCCCUGCUCUCACCGAGUUGCGAGACGCCCUCGACGUGAAGGCCAAAUCCUUUGACAGAAUCAUAAAAAUCGGUAGAACACAUCUACAAGACGCCACACCGUUGACUUUAGGACAGGAAUUCAGUGGUUACGUGCAGCAGAUCACUAACGGUAUCGAGCGCGUGCAAGGGGUCCUACCGCGCCUCAGCUGCCUCGCUCAAGGCGGUACUGCUGUCGGAACGGGUCUCAACACGAAAAAAGGCUUUGAUGUUAAGAUUGCUGUUGAGAUUUCGAAGCUUACUGGCAUUCCCUUCCAGACCGCGCCCAACAAGUUCGAGGCCCUUGCUACGCAUGAUGCCAUGGUCGAGGCACAUGGCGCCCUCAAUGUGAUCGCCUGUUCUUUAAUGAAAAUCGCCAACGACAUCCGUUUCCUAGCAUCAGGGCCCCGCUGUGGCUUUGGUGAGCUCAGUCUGCCAGAGAACGAGCCUGGAAGCAGCAUCAUGCCCGGCAAGGUCAAUCCCACUCAAUGCGAAGCCAUAACUAUGGUUGCUGCCCAAGUCAUGGGUAACCAAACUACUGUCAGCGUCGCCGGUGCCAGCGGUCAAUUUGAGCUGAACGUGUUUAAACCCGUUAUCAUCAAAAACGUACUCCAAAGCAUACGACUGCUUUCUGAUGGUUGCCGUUCAUUCACGAAGAAUUGUGUUGUCGGAAUUCAAGCCAAUGAGAAACGCAUCAACGCACUGUUGAACGAAUCCCUCAUGUUGGCAACGAUUUUAAAUAGCCAUCUCGGCUACGACAACGUUGCCAAAUGCGCGAAGAAAGCUCACAAGGAGGGAACUACAUUAAAGGACGCCACGGUCGCCCUUGGCUUCCUGACCCCAGAGGAGUUUGACGACAAAGUUCGACCUGAACUGAUGCUGUAUCCGGAAUCUGACAACACAUCACAACCGUGA